AUGAGUGGAGUGGAACAUUGCGGUCGUUCUGGAAAGUGGCCAUUGAGCAUCAAGGGGGUGGAGAGGGGCGGGGAUGCAGGGCCUGCGAGUUUGGUAAACCUUGGACACGUGCACACAAUUUGUUGUGAACUGGAUUGGGUUUGCAUAGAACACGUGCACACAAUUUGUUGUAAGCUGGAUUGGGUUUACACAGAAGACAUGUGUCAUGGCCAUCAGCCGGAACGUGUGGAGCCUGUCAGGCUGGCUGAAUGCUGGCCUGCCAAAGGCACGCCACACCUGGCAAGAACUGCCCUGACUGUGGAGCAGCCCAUGUUGCAACAAUGUGAUUGUCCCAGCACGCAAUGCCUUUGCAUGACACAUAGCAGCGAGUACAGGGGCAACAUGUUAUGA